AUGCGUCGCUGCUGCAAGCUUCAGGCGCUCCCAGGAGUGCUGAGUAUUUUGUCAGACUUGGCGCAGCCUCGCACCUCAACGUCCUAUCAAGAGCUUCUGCGCAGCUCACAUCUCCCCGCUCAGCCGCUGCCUUUCCUUCCACCACCUCGAUGGGCGGCGGAGCUGUCGCGGGUGCUUCACAGAACCUUCCCCGACGUGGUACAGCAUCACCACACUCGUUUUUUGCAAGUGUUUGUGCACCCAAGUUUCACCACUGCCGCCGGCGUGUCUGGCACGAUGCAACCGCUUGUCGCCGUUGGCGAGUCGCUCUUGGAGCGUAUCGGCGGCCUGUGGAUACUGGCAACAUUCGAGAGCACUAGAUAUGAGGAGUACGCCUCCUUGCUUGCCUUGCUAACCAGCGACACAGCGCUGUGCCGAGUCCUGCGUGAUCACUGGCGCUUGGAGCACAUGGUGCUCACAGAUGCCUCGGCUGACCUGUUUUCACGCCAGCGUCUCAGCUCCACUAAAGGACUCAUGAGUUGGCUUUCUUCGCAAGGGAACGUGAGUGGUGCACAGUCGCUUCCCGAACCAUAUGGCGCAGGUUGUGUCAAAGCGAUGGUUGCCGCAGUGCUUUUAGAGCACGGCAACGACGCAGCGGAGCACUUUGUGAAGUCCGAGGUGCUUCCCUACGUCUUGUAG